AUGCAACCACCUUCCAUGGGUGUAAAUGGAUUUGGAAGAAGAAGUCAUAAUUUUUCGUCACCGUCACUGGUCGAUUACAGAUCUCAGCCGCAUCAUUAUGGAUCCCAGCCAAGCAUAGUACAGAACGGAGGAAGCCAGUCGCCUCCUGACUACGCAUUACUGUUCGACCAGCCAGUUGUUGUUCUCAGAUCGAAAAAACCAAGUACGGUCAGAUCUGCCAAGGAAGAAUCAAGGCUACGCUCCCAACAGCCACCCAGCAACAUUCAGAGAGUGCAAGCUAUCCGCAGUCGUCCCCAAUCUACAGCAUCCUACAACAGCCUAGCCUCAUCAGGAAUGGAGAAUAUUCAAUGGAGAAACUCUGUAAUGUCGUCUGUAACCCCAGAUAAUCGUAGACAUACUUUGUAUGACGAAGAAGACAAUCCACGUGUGUCCGGCAAGGAUGGCUUUGUUGAAGCCAUCAUUUGCUCUCUCCAAUCAGCGGAAGGCUCAGUUGGAUGCAAGUUUGCAUCAGCAAGGAUCACAGAACCGAGAAAGAGUAAAAUGAGACACGAAUUCAUGGUGGAAGGUCGGCCCUCACUGUCGAGAUUCUGUUAG